CGGCUCUCCACCCCAUGUCCAACUCGUGUCAUCGUGCAUGCCCUAGAGGUUGACUUCAAAUGUCCACCCUGGGGUGUGGUACGCAAUAUGGCGCAAGCAGGUCCUAUCACGGACGUCACUCAACGACUCUUCAUCGAGUUGAAGUCUAAGAACGAGGAAACGCGGGUGCGAGCUGCUUAUGAGCUCUACGACAACGUCGUUGCCAUCUCACGAGACUGGCCUCCAGAGAAGUUUCUCGAGUUCUUUAACGCAGUUAGCCAGCGCAUCGCACAGCUCGUGGUUACCGGCAAUGACGCACACGACAAGAUUGGCGGACUAUUAGCUCUCGAUCGCCUAAUAGAUUUCGAUGGUGUGGACGCAGCUCAGAAGACAACUCGGUUUGCAAGCUAUCUUCGGAAUGCCCUACGAAGCAAUGAUACUGCGGUCUUGGUGUACGCAGCUCGGGCACUUGGCCGUCUGGCCAAGCCCGGUGGAGCUCUUACGGCAGAAUUGGUCGAGAGUGAAAUACAAUCUGCUCUAGAGGCUCUUCAGUCUGAGCGGCAGGAAAGCAGGCGGUUUGCUGCGGUACUUGUUAUCCGGGAGCUUGCCAAAGGCUCACCGACACUGCUCUAUGGCUUUGUCUCCCAGAUAUUCGAGCUCAUUUGGGUCGCUCUUCGCGAUCCCAAAGUGCUCAUCCGAGAAACUGCUGCCGAGGCCGUCAGCGAAUGCUUCGAAAUCAUUGCUGCCAGAGAUAUGCAAGUUCGGCAACUAUGGUUCGCACGAAUCUACGAAGAGGCGCUGCUGGGUCUCAAAUCCAGCAACGUGGAUUGGAUUCAUGGAUCGCUUUUGGUGCUAAAAGAGUUGCUUCUCAAAGGAGCCAUGUUUAUGAACGAACAUUACCGGAAUGCAUGCGAGAUUGUCCUUCGUCUCAAGGAUCACCGUGAUCCCAAGAUACGCACCCAAGUCGUUUUGACCAUUCCGAUCCUCGCCUCUUAUGCUCCACUCGACUUCACAGAAACCUAUCUACAUAGAUUCAUGAUCUAUCUUCAAGCGCAACUCAAAAGAGAUAAGGAAAGGAACUCUGCAUUUAUUGCAAUUGGAAAGAUUGCCAAUGCGGUCGGUGUUGCUAUCGCACAAUACCUCGAUGGUAUCAUUGUUUACAUCCGAGAAGGCCUUGCUAUGAAAGCCCGCAAUCGAGCUGCCGUAAAUGAAGCGCCGAUGUUCGAAUGUAUCAGCAUGUUGUCGCUGGCCGUGGGACAGGCACUCAGCAAAUACAUGGAAGCACUGCUCGACCCUAUCUUUGCAUGCGGGUUGAGCGAGUCUCUUACCCAAGCUCUGGUCGAUAUGGCCCAUUACAUCCCUCCCAUAAAGCCGAUAAUUCAAGAGAAACUCUUGGAUAUGCUGAGCCUGAUUCUCUAUGGUACCCCUUUCCGGCCGUUGGGUUGUCCUGAGAGCAGAUUGCCACCCAUGCCUUCCUUUGCCCGGGAUUUCGGACCUCAGGAACUUCAUUCUGACACCGAAAUUGCACUUGCACUUCACACGCUCGGGAGCUUCGACUUCUCGGGACAUAUUCUCAACGAAUUUGUUCGUGAUGUAGCCAUCAAUUAUGUCGAGAAUGACAAUCCUGAGAUUCGCAAGGCAUCCGCACUCACUUGCUGUCAAUUGUUUGUCCAUGACCCCAUCAUCAAUCAAACAAGUAGUCAUUCGAUACAAGUUGUCAGUGAAGUUAUCGACAAACUUCUCACAGUCGGCGUGGGAGAUCCUGACCCAGAGAUCCGGCGGACAGUCUUAUGGUCUUUGGACCGAAAGUUUGACCGUCAUCUUGCCAGACCGGAGAAUAUCCGUUGCCUCUUUCUAGCAGUUAAUGAUGAAGUGUUCCCCGUCAGAGAGGCUGCUAUCUGCAUCAUCGGUCGCCUGUCCAGCGUUAACCCAGCUUAUGUCUUUCCACCACUCCGAAAGCUGCUCGUUAAUCUUUUGACAAGUCUCGGAUUCGCAAGCACUGCUCGUCAGAAGGAAGAGAGCGCCCAGCUGAUCAGUCUCUUUGUUUCGAAUGCUACGAAACUCAUCAGAUCUUACGUAGAUCCGAUGAUCACUACAUUGCUGCCAAAAGCCACUGAUGCGAAUCCGGGCGUCGCUUCAACCACUCUCAAGGCUGUCGGAGAGCUCGCAAGUGUUGGCGGUAGCGAAAUGAAAACGUACCUGCCGCAACUUAUGCCAAUCAUUCUCGACGCAUUGCAGGAUCUGUCGUCUCAUGCGAAGCGAGAGGCAGCCUUGCGAACUCUCGGACAAUUGGCUAGUAACUCCGGAUAUGUCAUAGACCCGUACCUCGAGUACUCUCACCUCCUUGCUGUCCUGAUCAACAUUAUCAAAACGGAACAGACUGGAUCUCUCCGCAAGGAAACCAUCAAAGUCCUAGGAAUAUUGGGGGCCUUGGACCCCUACAAGUAUCAACAAAUCAGCGAAACUGCGCCAGAUAUCCAUCACAUCAAUGAGGUGCAAACCGUCUCGGAUGUCGCUCUCAUUAUGCAGGGCCUGACACCCUCCAACGACGAAUAUUAUCCGACAGUGGUCAUCAACACACUAAUGCAGAACAUCUUGCGUGAGAACUCCCUUGCUCAGUAUCAUUCUGCAGUCAUCGAUGCAAUCGUCACGAUUUUCAAGACAUUGGGCCUCAAGUGCGUGCCCUUCCUUGGACAGAUCAUCCCGGGCUUCAUUUCCGUCAUCAGAGGAUCUCCCCCAAGCCGCCUCGAGUCUUACUUCAAUCAGCUGGCAGUCUUGGUGAAUAUUGUACGGCAACACAUACGGGCUUUCCUUCCAGAGAUAAUCGAAGUCGUUCGUGACUUCUGGGAUGCCUCAUAUCAAGUUCAAGCCACAAUCCUUUCCUUGGUUGAGGCAAUAGCAAAAUCUCUGGAAGGAGAGUUCAAGAAGUAUCUUGCAGGCCUUAUCCCACCCAUGCUUGACACAUUCGAAAAGGACACUACACCGCGCCGACAACCUUCUGAGAAGAUCCUACACACCUUCCUGAUAUUUGGCCCUAGCGGCGAGGAGUACAUGCAUCUUAUUGUGCCAUCUAUUGUGCGCCUGUUUGACCGGACACAAAAUCCGAUAAGUAUUCGAAAGUCUGCUAUCGACACUUUAACGAAGCUAUCACGCCAAGUCAACGUUUCGGACUUUGCAUCCCUGAUGGUUCACUCUUUGUCACGCGUGGUUGCUGGCAAUGACCGCACCUUGCGCCAGGCUGCCAUGGAUUGUAUCUGUGCACUUAUCCUCCAGCUCGGCCAAGACUUCAACCAUUACAUACAUCUUUUGAACAAAGUCUUGAAGGCACAUCAGGUUAGUCAUAGCAACUACCACAUGUUGGUGACCAAGUUACAGAAGGGAGAUCCUCUUCCGCAGGAUCUCAACAACCCUGAUGAAAACUAUGCAACACUUGCAGAUGACGCCAAUUAUGCAGAGAUUGGACAGAAGAAAAUGCUUGUCAACCAGCAACAUCUUAAGAGUGCCUGGGAUGCUUCUCAAAAAUCCACUCGAGAGGAUUGGCAGGAAUGGAUCAGACGUUUCAGCGUGGAACUGCUGAAAGAGUCUCCCUCCCCAGCUCUACGUGCGUGUGCCAGCUUAGCUGGCAUCUAUCAGCCACUAGCAAGGGACCUCUUCAAUGCUGCCUUCGUCUCAUGCUGGACGGAGCUGUAUGAUCAGUAUCAAGAGGAACUAGUCCGGUCAAUCGAGAAAGCGCUUACUUCGCCGAACAUCCCUCCUGAAAUCCUUCAGGUUCUGCUUAACUUGGCAGAAUUUAUGGAGCAUGAUGACAAAGCCCUCCCGAUUGACAUCCGCACCUUGGGCAAGUAUGCCGCUAAAUGUCACGCUUUCGCCAAAGCCCUCCACUAUAAAGAGCUGGAAUUCGAACAAGAUCAGAACUCUGGAGCAGUUGAGGCUUUGAUCACCAUUAACAACCAGCUUCAACAGUCCGACGCCGCUAUCGGAAUCCUGCGCAAGGCACAGGCGUACCGAGAUGUCGAACUUAAAGAGACGUGGUUUGAGAAGCUUCAGCGCUGGGAAGAAGCCCUCGCUGCUUACAAGCGGCGUGAAAGGAUUGACCCUGAUUCUUUUGGAGUUACCAUGGGUAAAAUGCGCUGUCUUCACGCUCUUGGUGAGUGGAAGGUACUUUCAGACCUCGCUCAGGAGAAGUGGAAUCAAGCAUCUCUUGAACACCGAAGAGCAAUAGCACCUUUAGCCGCUGCUGCUGCCUGGGGACGUGGACAGUGGGAACUGAUGGACUCUUACCUGGGCGUUAUGAAAGAGCAAUCCCCGGAUCGCUCUUUCUUUGGCGCAAUUCUGGCUAUCCACCGAAAUCAAUUUGAUGAAGCUACGAUGUACAUUGAGAAAGCGCGCAAUGGCCUGGAUACCGAGCUUUCCGCUUUGUUAGGCGAGUCGUACAACCGUGCUUAUAAUGUUGUUGUGCGCGUCCAGAUGCUUGCUGAGUUGGAGGAAAUCAUCACCUACAAACAGAACAUUGGUGAUCCUGAAAAGCAGGAAUCCAUGCGUCAAACCUGGAACAAGCGACUUCUUGGAUGUCAACAAAAUGUGGAGGUAUGGCAACGCAUGCUCAAGGUUCGAGCACUUGUUACGUCGCCUCGUGAAAACCUUGAAAUGUGGAUCAAAUUCGCCAAUCUAUGCCGAAAAUCUAAUCGCAUGGGCCUUGCUGAGCGAUCUCUUGCAUCUCUCGAAACUACUGUGUCCGACAGCAAUGGCACGCGGGUCAUUGCUCCCCCAGAAGUUACUUAUGCCCGUCUCAAGUUCAAUUGGGCUACUGGCCGCCAACGUGAAGCGUUACAAAUGCUUAAAGAGUUUACUUCAGGCCUUACAGAAGAUUUUACUCGGUACAACACCCUCAUACUAUCACAAUCCGACCACGGCGGAGUCAAUGGUGUCAAUGGAGUGAACGGGGUGAAUGGGGUGAAUGGUGUCACUGAUGCGAAUCAUCCUGAUGCUCAAGGGCUACGGGAACGCAUUGGCGAUGUGGCCAAAUUCAGGAAGCUUCUGGCUAAGAGUUAUCUCCGACAAGGCGAGUGGCAGACUGCCAUGCAAAGAGGUGAUUGGCGGCCCGAGCAUGUUCGUGAGGUGCUCAACGCUUAUGCCGCUGCUACAAAUUACAAUCGCGAUUCAUACAAAGCAUGGCACUCUUGGGCAUUGGCAAACUUUGAAGUUGUCACGACGAUUGCAAGCCAAGCCAGCAGAGAUGGCACGACCAUGGCGAUGGUGCCGAGCCACAUUGUAACGGAACAUGUGAUACCCGCACUCCGGGGCUUCCUCAGGUCCAUCGCAUUGUCGUCAACAUCUUCCCUUCAGGACACUCUCCGACUCCUGACUCUGUGGUUCGCCCAUGGUGGUGAUACAGAGGUGAACAGUGUCGUCGUUGAAGGCUUUACGGCGGUCAAUAUCGACACCUGGCUUGCAGUUACCCCCCAGCUUAUCGCUCGAAUCAAUCAGCCCAACAUUAGAGUACGGAGUGCAGUUCAUCGACUACUAUCCGAGGUUGGCAAAACACAUCCUCAAGCAUUGGUUUACCCAUUGACGGUUGCGAUGAAAUCGAAUGUUACGAAGCGUUCACAAUCUGCAAGCAGUAUUAUGGACAACAUGCGACAGCACAGCGCAAAGCUGGUCGAACAAGCCGAUUUGGUUAGUCAUGAGCUCAUCCGAGUCGCGGUUCUGUGGCACGAAUUGUGGCAUGAAGGCCUGGAGGAGGCAUCUCGGCUCUACUUCGGUGAUCACAAUGUUGAAGGGAUGUUCGCAACCCUUGCACCUUUACAUGACAUGCUUGACAAAGGGGCAGAAACAUUGCGUGAAGUAUCUUUUGCGCAGGCUUUCGGUCGAGAUCUUGCUGAGGCGAAGCAUUACUGUAUGCUUUUCCGUGAGACUGAGGAGAUUGGCGAUUUAAACCAGGCAUGGGAUCUCUACUAUACUGUGUUCCGCAAGAUCAGCCGGCAGCUUCCUCAGUUGUCGAUCCUCGAUCUCAAGUAUGUUUCCCCCAAACUCAAGGACUGUGUUGACCUCGACCUUGCCGUUCCUGGAACCUACCAAAGCGGUCGACCCAUCAUCCGAAUUGUCAGCUUCGACCCCAUAUUGCAUGUUCUGCAGACCAAGAAGAGACCGCGUAGAAUGACCCUCAAAGGCAGCGACGGCAACUCCUAUAUGUACGCGCUCAAGGGACAUGAAGAUAUCCGACAAGACGAGAGAGUCAUGCAACUAUUCGGCCUUGUUAACACCCUUCUGGAUAAUGAUGGGGAGAGCUUCAAGCGCCAUCUAUCUGUGCAACGAUUCCCUGCCAUUCCCCUGUCACAGAGCUCCGGUCUACUAGGCUGGGUCUCCAACAGCGACACAUUGCACGCAUUGAUCAAGGAAUACCGAGAAAGCCGUCGGAUCUUACUCAACAUUGAACAUCGUAUCAUGCUUCAGAUGGCACCAGACUACGAUAAUCUCACGCUCAUGCAGAAAGUGGAAGUAUUCGGGUACGCCAUGGACAACACUACCGGGAAAGAUCUUUAUCGUGUCCUUUGGCUCAAAAGCAAGAGCUCCGAGGCGUGGCUUGAGCGGCGGACGAACUACACUCGAUCUCUUGGUGUCAUGUCUAUGGUCGGCUACAUACUUGGCUUGGGCGAUCGCCACCCGUCUAACCUCCUUCUCGAUCGAGUUACUGGCAGAGUGGUUCACAUUGACUUUGGUGAUUGCUUCGAGGUGGCCAUGCACCGAGAGAAAUACCCAGAAAGGGUGCCUUUCCGCCUUACUCGCAUGUUGACAUUCGCAAUGGAAGUUAGCAACAUCGAAGGCAGUUAUCGUAUCACAUGUGAAGCGGUUAUGCGUGUUCUCAGAGAGAACAAGGACUCCCUUAUGGCUGUGCUCGAAGCGUUCAUUCAUGAUCCCUUGAUCAAUUGGCGUCUUGGAGUCCGCGAAUCGCCAGAUCGGAUGCCCUUCUCCGCAGAGCGUCGCCAGUCUGUCGUUUCCAAUAUCAAUCUUGAGCAUGGCGUGCAGCCAAGCAACUUCUCGCGCCACCGCCGCCCAUCAAUCCUUGAAGGCGGUAUUCUAGAUGCACAGGAAGGAAUCCCUAACGAAGCACGAGAAGCACAGAAUGCACGCGCGCUUCAGGUACUUGCGCGGGUCAAAGAGAAGUUGACCGGUAGAGAUUUUAGGCCCAACGAGGAGCUCAACGUCAGCGAUCAAGUUGACAAGCUUCUUGCUCAGGCUACCAGCGUGGAGAAUAUCUGCCAGCAUUGGAUUGGUUGGUGCAGUUUCUGGUGAUUAUGUUGUCCUGUCCAUUAUGGAUUUCUGGUUCUCGAGGAGGCGCAACUUGUGAUGAUGGAUUUUUUGCAUGGCAUGGCUACAAUUUCCCUUCUUCCUUACUUAUUCUCCACCUUCUCGACUAUCUUUUUUUUGUCUUCGUCUUUCUGUGUGUAGUAUUAUCACUUAUUUGCUCUUGCGUCUUUCUUCUCUCUCCCCGCCUCUGUCCCUUUGAGGAAGUAGGCAUUGUCAGGAGCUGCCGUUCAUGACAUUAUUCUUUUGCAUGUCUCAAUUCGAUAAUUGCAUGUUGCUCAAGGCGGGAUGAAUUACGGGAUAGACGGUUAAUGGUGAAUUUUUUUUGCAAUGAAUCGUGCCAAUUUUAAUAGAGAAUUCCAUCCAUCGCAUAAC